GUGGACAACUCGUCUGUGAUUGAGAUUGACUUCAUCCGCUCUGAUAUCUUUGAGGAGGUGUUGAACUACAUGUACACCGCAAAGAUCUCUGUGAAGAAGAGAGACGUCAACCUCAUGAUGUCAUCAGGACAGAUCCUCGGCAUCCGCUUCCUCGACAAACUCUGCUCUCAGGUAACACUGACAGAGGUGACACUGACACAGGUGACAUUGACACAGGUGACACUGACACAGGUGACACUGACAGGUGACACUGACACAGGUAACACUGACACAGGUGACACUCACACAGGUAACACUCACACAGGUGACACUCACACAGGUAACACUCACACAGGUGACACUGACACAGGUGACACUCACACAGGUGACACUGACACAGGUAACACUCACACAGGUGACACUGACACAGGUAACACUGACACAGGUGACACUGACACAGGUGACACUCACACAGGUGACACUCACACAGGUGACAGUGACACAG